CGUGACGUCAAGCCGAGCGAUGUGUCGGCUGUUGCCCACUCCUUUCUACAGCGGGUUUGUCUGUCACGACAGUCACUACCUGGUAUGGUGACGUAGAGGUGUUGUUACUGUUGUUACAAUUUCGCGGCAACACUGGACGUUAACAACGAACUGGGAGUCCCUGGCAGGUAGCAGUAAUGACGGGCCCCAAGAUGGCUGUGCUGGGAGAGGCUGUGCGGCUUGUUGCUGCCGGAACAACUGCAACAUUUGAACUCAGUGCUCCAGGCUUUUCAAGGGACGACAUAGACAUUCAGAUAAUAAGCCCAUCAAAGCGACCAGUUGCAGCUCGGCUUGUAGAGGAAAAGGGUGGCGAAUUCAGGGUGGAAUUUGUGCCUACAGAAGUUGGAAGUCAUUUGGUGGAAGUGUCUAUUGCUGGCCAGAAGUUGCCAGCUGGUCCACUGGUUGCAAAAGUCUACAAUAGCGCACUCAUUCGUGUCACUGAUGUGUCCAGUGGUGUUGUCGGGCAACCGUGCCAGUUCAGAGUUGACGCAAGCCAAGCGGGAGAGGGUCAGCUAGAAAUCUCAAUAAAUGAGGGUGAAGUCCCUAAUCACGUUCAGGUUGUCGGAGGUGGUCGCUGCCUUGUGAGCUUUACACCUGAGCAGACAAAGUCACACUUGAUUGACAUAAAAUUUAAUGGUGAAACUGUUACAGGUUGCCCAUUUGUUUGCUCAGUGUCUGAUACUAGCCGGGUAUCUCUGACUUUGCGCAAUCUCGAGCUCGUACCGGUGAACGAAGUGGCGAGGUUCCACAUGGCAGUGGAUGGCAGUGGAAGCGCGGAGCUGGCUGUUUCCGUUCGUGGACCAUCUUCUGAGCUGCCUGUUAAAGUUACUGGGAACAUACACAGUGGCUUCACAGCAGAGUUUACCCCCCGUGAAGUUGGUGCACAUUCCAUAACAGUCGAAUACAAUGGCCACGCUGUGAGUGGAACACCGUUUAUUGCUAAGGCCUAUGAUGCCAAACGUGUGUUUGUUGGUCCUUUGCCUAAGGGCUCUGUUGGAAAGACCCUGCAAUUCAUGGUUGACGCAAGCCAGGCUGGAGAAGGCAACCUGGAAAUAACAAUCAGUGCUCGUGGUCACAAUAUACCGACCCAAGUGCAUCCUCAGGGAAACGCUCGUUUUGCUGUGAGCUUUGUUCCAAUUGACCCGACUGAUCAUGUUAUUAGCAUUAAUUUCAACAAGGAAGGUGUUCCAGGCUCCCCUUUCCUGGCACGUGUGCAAGGAGACUCGCCACACCAAAUAACAGUUAGUGGACCAUCACUUUCCUCUGCAGCCGUCGGGAAGACAUCAUUCUUUACAAUGAGCAACGUGUCUGGAAGUGUUGAAGAUAUAGAAGUCAAUGUGGAAGGACCAAACGGACAGUCAGUACCUGCCCAAGUUAAAGACACUGGAUCGCAGACUUUCCACGUUGAGUUCACGCCGCGGCUGACGGGUGAGCACCGCAUUGCGGUAGCAUACCGCAAAGUGGCUGUUGCUGGCUCACCAUUCAGCUGCAAGGUGUAUGAUGUGAAGGCCAUCAAGGUGAAGGCUGUGCCCAAGGGUGUAGUCUCCAAGCCUAUCACUUUCCUUGUUGAAACAAGUCAAGCAGGCCCAGGAAACUUGGAGGUCACUGUGAAUGGUGGUAGGGUACCAACAUCUGCUCAGGCCCAAGGUCCACACACAUAUGCAAUUUCUUUUACUCCUAGAGAAGCAAUUGUCCACACUGUUGACCUACGCUUCAAUGGUGAAGAUGUUCCAGGUAGCCCUUUUUCUUGCCAUGUACUUGAGGCAGCUCGGGUGGUGCUGUCAGGAGAAGGUUUAGAGAAGGUUCCAGUGGCUCGAGAUGCAAAUUUCAGUGUGGAAGCAGAUGCAAGUUUGGGUCAGCCAGAAGUGCAAGUGCUUGGUCCUUCAAGGAGAAUAUUGCCAGUUAAUGUAAAUGCCCAGGGUGGUGGUCACUAUUCGGUCCAGUUCACUCCAGUAGAUGUAGGUGACCACAGUGUUGAAGUAAAGCUGGGCAAUGUACAUGUGGAGGGAAGUCCCUUUCUUGUGAAGGCAUAUGAUGCUGCAAAAGUCAGAGUGACGGACAUAAAUUCUGGAAUAGUAGGGAAACCUGUGUUUUUUAGCAUCAAUGCUAGCCAAGCUGGAGCAGGAAAUUUGGAAAUAAUUGUUUCUGUGAAUGGCAGGAAUGUACCAAACUAUGUUCAGUCUGAGGGAAAUGCCAAAUUCAGGGUGAACUUUAAACCCCAGGAAGCUGCUCCACAUAGUCUGAGUGUGCGAUUCAAUGGUGAGCCUGUUCCAGGUUCUCCGUUUACCUGCAAGAUUCUUGACUCCAGCCAAAUUCUGGUGUCAGGUUCUGCAUUAAAAAUGUCUCCCCUCGGCCGCUCGGCAGUUCUCAUUGUCGAUCCUCAGUUACCGGCUGCUGACUUGGGCACUUGUGACGUCACAAUUGCUUCCCCUUCAGGACAGACUACUACUGCCAGAGUGACCAAGACAGAUAAAUUUAUUGCAGAAUUCACCCCACUUGAAGUAGGACGGCACAGUGUGUCUGUAAUGCUGGAUGGGGAACCAGUGAGAGGUAGCCCUUUUGCCUGCAACAUUUAUGAUGUUAGCAAGGUCAAAAUCUCAGGACUUGGACCAUCUAAGGUUGGUAAACCAGCGACAUUCACAGUGGAUGCCUCAGAAGCAGGAGAGGGCACACUGGAGCUGGUUGUUAGUACAGACAAGACAACGGUUAAAGCAGAGGUAGUAGCCUGUUCCAGAGGAUUGUACGAUGUCACAUUUGUGCCUCAUGAACCGAUACCACAUUUUGUCAACAUCUCAUUCAACGAAGAAGAUGUGCCAGGUAGCCCUUUCCAGUGUGAUGUGUUGGAACUAGGUGCUAGAGAAGUUCGUCAGAUGAAGCAUAAAGAGUCACGAAUGGUGACUUUAAGGGGUGAAGGACUCAAAGAUGUUGUUGCUGGUUCUACAGCAUAUUUUGAUGUCGAUCCUAAGGGGCUUGAUGGUCACAUAGAUAUUGAAAUAAUAGGUCCUUCAGGCACUACUGUUCCAUGUUAUGUAAAGAGGCUCCCGAGUGGCCAGUGGCGUGCAGAGUAUCGUCCACAGCAUGUCGGACUCCACACUAUUGCUGUUCGUCAUCAGGGACUACCUACAGGACAAACUCUCUCUCUCGAAGUCUUUGAUCCCCGACAAGCACAUGUUAUUGAAAUGGAAGAAGCAUUCUGUCACAGGGCUGCAACAUUCAAAGUGGAUACUUCAGAUGCAGGAAGAGGAGUUAUAAAUGUUAGCAUCAGAGCAGCUGGCCAGGAAGUGAAACAUUCGAUUAGGCAGACUGAAGACAGCCGAUAUGAGGUGAUUUUUCAACCGAAGCUUGCUGUACCUCAUCGUAUUGAUGUUAAACUCAAUGGACUACAUAUAUCUGGCUGCCCAUUUGAAGUGCCUGUGAAAAAUCCAGCUGUAGGUCAAGAUGUAAUAGCCACAGGACUUGGCUUAUAUCAAUCACAAGCAGGCAAAGUUACUACAUUUGUGAUCGAAACACUUGGCCAUCCAGCAAAGGAGUUUGAUGUGGUGAUCACAGGUCCACUCGGUACAGCGGUUCCAGUCAGGUGCUAUCAACAAAAGGAUGGGAACCUGCUUGCUGAGUUCACAGCUGUUACUGCAGGGACAUACAAAAUCGAUGUCACGCAUGGUGCGAGGGCAGUGAGAGGUUCACCUUACUUCUGCCGAGUGUACGAUGCUUCUAAAGUCGAGAUAGCGGAUGUCAGUUCCAAUUCGGUUGCUGUCAGUGAAAAGAUUGCAUUUAAAUUGGUAAGAAAAGAUGCUGGUUUUGCAGAACUUGAUGUAACUGUGACAAGUCCCUUGGGACAAGACCUCCCUCUUGAGGUCAAGAGCUGGCCAGAAGAAAAAGAUACUGAUCUGAUUGAGUUCUGCCCUUCAGUGCCUGGAAGCUACAGAUUUAAUAUUAAGUAUGGCGGAGAAGAAGUUCCAGGUUCCCCUAUAACUUUCACCGUUGAAGAUUCAGGCACGGCUAAGGCUUUGGGCGAGGGACUGCAAAGUGGACAAGUGGACUGUCCUGCAAAGUUCAAAAUAAUGGCUGUUGGGUUGACAGGAAAACCAACUGUUAAAGUGGAUGGACCAGACAGCAUUGCAGAACCGUCGAUUGAGAGAGAAUCGAACGGUGUGUACGCUGUAACGUUCACUCCAGUGGAAGUUGGUGUUUUUGAUGUUCAGGUUCUGUGGGAUGGUGUGCCAGUUCCAGGCUCUCCAUUCCAUCCAAAAAUAGUGGAUCCGAGGAAAGUUAGAGUCAUUGGUGGAUGGGAAUCUUUUAUGGAUUCAGAAGGACGUCUUGAAUUGGCAGUUCACACUACAAAGAAGAUAAGUAUGGAUAUUGGAGAUGCAGGACCUGGACAACUGACGGCAGAGUGUCGCGGCCCCACGGGUGCGUCCGUACCUGUCGCCGUAGAGCAGUCUCAGGGCACGAGAGUUCACCUGUUGCUGACCCCGAGGGUUCCCGGAGAUCAUGUGCUGUAUUUACGCUUUGGCGGAGCCCCACUUCCACGCUCACCCGUACCGGCCACAGCUGACGGUCCCAGUGGGAUGAGUGGGCCUGUGAGGGUAGUGCUCACAGGAAAGGGGUUGGCGGGAGCCAGGUGUGGAGAGGAGGCAGAGUUCACGAUUGACGGUUCGCAAGCUGGUCCAGGAUUGCCAGAAGUGACUCUUACGGGUAUGAAGGCUGAUGUUAAAGUGCAGCUCCAGAACUUGGGUAAUAGCACCUACAGAGCAACAUACAUACCUGCUGUUCCUGGAACAUACCUCUUGAACGUUAUGUGGUCCGAAAGGCAGGUGAAAGGUUGUCCUUUGAAAAUAAACAUAACAGCCGUAGCAGAUGCUAGUCGUGUUGUAUGCUCUGGUGAUGGUCUUCGCAUAGGAACUGUUGGCAAAGAAAUCCGGAGUUUUAUUGACACAAGGCGAGCAGGCCCAGGCGAACUCACUGCGCACUGUGUGGGACCUCACAAGGUCGCUUACUGCGAACUGUAUGACCACGGGGAUGGAACAUUCACUCUAAACAUCAAGCCUCAGGAAGCAGGGCGUCAUGCGCUCACAAUAAAGUAUGGAGGAGAACACGUUGCCGGUAGCCCUUUUACACUUAGAGUCGCCGGGGCACCGGAUGCCACUAAGGUGCGAGUGUAUGGGCCUGGAGUGGAGCACGGAGUGUUGGCAACUUUCCAGAGCCGCUUCAUCUGUGACACGAGGGGAGCUGGAGCAGGGCAGCUCACAGUCAGGGUCAGAGGACCAAAAGGAGCAUUUCGAGUAGAAAUGCAAAGGGAGAGCCAGAAGGACAGGACUAUCCUGUGCAAGUACGAUCCCACAGAGCCGGGGGACUACCGUGUUGAAGUCAAGUGGGCUGGCGAGCACGUUUCGGGGUCGCCUUUUGUCGUCAUGAUUUUUGAUACGCAAGAGGAACUCACGAGGUUUUUGCAGGGCAGCCACUCUCCAAACUCAGAACUGUACGGCAGUGUCGGAUACUCGACAGGGUAUGCGCAUAUGAAUUUUGGAACUGGUCAGUCAACAUGGAGGGGUUCUCAGCCGCAGCUCUGAUGUCAGAGGCAGUUCACCGAAGUGUGCCUGUUUUUGUUCUCGAUACAUCAUUUGUGGUUAAUUCACCUGUCAGAAAACAAAAACUGGCUGUAUUUAAAAUCUGUAUCUUAAAUUUAUUGUCUGUAUUAAUGUUAUAAAAAUUGAACCAAUGGUA